AUGACCACUCCAAGUGAACAGAAUAUGACAAUUGUCAAUCCUCCCCCUCCAAAAUACAUCAAUACCCAAGGAACUGGACGGUUAACAAACCAGCUUCAAUAUUUGCAAAGAGUUGUCAUAAAAGCAAUGUGGAAGCAUAACUUCUCCUGGCCAUUUCAUCAGCCUGUAGAUGCUGCAGGUCUAAACCUUCCAGAUUAUUAUAAUAUUAUUAAAAAACCAAUGGACCUGACUACAAUUCAGAAACGUCUGGAACACAACUAUUACACAUGUGCUGCAGAAUGUAUUGAAAACUUUAAAACGAUGUUUGCAAAUUGCUAUUUGUAUAACAAGCCAGGUGAUGACAUUGUUUUCAUGGCCCAGGAGCUAGAAAAAGUUUUUCUGCAGAAAGUUGCCCAGAUGCCUGCAGAGGAGAAAAUGGUAGUGAUCAAUAAAGGGAAAAGGAAAGCGAAAAAGGCAGAUGUUGCUGAAGAAUCUGAACUGGGAAUCCCACCAGUUAAGCAAAGCCAACAGGCAAAGCCAGCUAGGAAAGUUAAACAGUUUCAGAUGAUGAAGACCAUGCCACAGCAGCUUCUCCCAGAACCCUCACCGGUGAUUCUGUCCUCAAAUAUAAUGCCAGCCACUGAAACAGUAACCAAAGGUGUGAAAAGGAAGGCUGAUACCACUACUGAAAACAUCCCAGCAAGCAGUGAAUCCUCUCCAGCACUCAAUGAUCCCAAAGUCGUCAAGAUUUCCUCUACAGAAGAAUGUGAAGAAGAGUUCCUAUUGAACAGAGGCUUGGCAGACCAGCAACCACCACAACUCAUAAAAAACACAAAGUUAUCAGACUCCUUAAAAUACUGUAAUGAGAUCCUCCAAGAAUUGUUUUCCAAAGAGCACAUAGCAUAUGCUUGGCCCUUUUAUAAACCAGUAGAUGUUACAGCCUUGGGACUCGAGGAUUAUCAUGAUGUUAUUAAAUAUCCCAUGGAUCUUGGAACCAUUAAAAAGAAAAUGGAAAAUCGUGAGUAUAAAGAGACACAAGAAUUUGCUGCUGAUAUUAGGCUAAUGUUUAUGAACUGCUACAGAUACAACUCUCCAGACCACGAGGUGGUGGCAAUGGCAAGGAAACUCCAGGAUGUCUUUGAGAUGCAAUUUGCCAAAAUUCCUGAUGAGCCAGCUAUCUGUAGGCCUCUGCUGCAGCCUCUCACAAGGACGGUGGCACCUCUUUCAAGUGAAAGCAGCAGCGACACUUCCUCAGAGGACUCGGAAGAAGAGAGAACAAGACGCCUUGCAGAGCUCCAGGAUCAACUUAAGGCGGUUCAUCAGCAAUUGCAAGCUUUGGCUAAAACAACCUUACCCAGGCUAAAAAAGAGGAAGAAAGGAAAAUCCAAAAAGGAGAAAAGAAAAACCAAAGUCAGAAACAGGAUUGGGAUUCAAAAGAAGAGAAAGAUGAAGCAAAUGAAGAAGCUGAAGAGGAAAAUGGCUUUGAACAUUUGUUCAAAGAAGAUCAAGCGAGAAGAGGAACCAGCACACAAGUCUGAGGAAGAGGAUAACACCAAGCCUAUGAGCUAUGAUGAAAAGAGGCAGUUAAGUUUGGACAUAAAUAAACUCCCUGGAGAGAAACUUGGCAGAGUGGUCUAUAUUAUUCAGUCAAGGGAACCUUCACUGAGACACUCAAAUCCUGAUGAAAUAGAAAUAGACUUUGAAAGUCUCAAAGCCUCAACACUAAGAGAACUAGAGAGAUACGUAAUGGCUUGUUUGAGAAAAAGGCCGAAAAAACAUGGUGUGUAUGUAUUGAAAAAAUUGAAGCAACUUAAUUUUGAGAAGAAAGAAGAAUUAGAAAGGAGGCUGCUGGAUGUCAGCUCUAAAAAGCAGAGUGCAAAAUGUAGGUGAACCUUCUACAAUGAAGUAUUGCCCUAUCUCGCAGCUGCAAAUAAUGCUGUCCCAAAGUCCAUUGGAGGCCCAAGCCGGCUGAGUGAAAGCAGCAGCAGCAGUAGCAGCAGCAGCAGCAGUAGCAGCUGCAGCAGCGGUGGCAACACCUCCUCUGACACAGCAAGCACCAGCAAUGACUCCUCCAGCUCCUCUGAAAGCAGUGAUUCUGAUUCAGAAACUUGCUUCAAACAAAAUGGAAAUGGCAAAAGAUAUUUGUUUUGCAGGGAGCAGCUUAAGAUGCCGGUGCUAUAUCCAAGGAUGACCUGCAAUAUUGUUCCUCAACGACAGAAUACUUCUGCUAGUGCACAGUCUCAAAGAUUAGCAAAAAUGAGGCUGCACCAGCAGUUGCUGCAACAAACCCAACUUUUACAGCAUACUCCACUUAAACUCCAAGAGCAGAGCAGCCCAUCUCCUUCAGGAAUAGUAGCUGUCGUGUCCCCAUUGCACUGCACUCCAGCUCAACAAGGACCUUCAAGCAGCUUACUGGUAGCAAAGUCUUCCAAUAUUCAAUCCCCUCCUAUGCGUUCAGAGGUAUCUUGUUCCUCUUCCUCCCCAAAUAUCCACUUGCAUGCUACCAAAGAAAUGAGACAGUUACUGCUACAGCCGGCUCAACCACCUGCUCUCUGCACUAAAACCUCUUUGCGGACGGUCAGCAGCAACACUAUUAAACAAGAAGAACAACUGAAGACUAGUUUUCCAGAUGGUUUGUGUGGGCAACGAAUGACUGAUUCUGCACAUGCCACUGUUCCUGCAAGCUGUUCCAAUAACUGCGGGGAUAAAAAAAAGAGAGAUUCUAAACCUCAUAUUCCUGUAGCAAAGGACAUAAAAGUCAAACAUGCAGCUUCCUGGACAAGUUUAGGUAAGAUGAUACCUGCUCCAACCUCUAUCAAAUCCUCCAGUGAAAGUUUCAGGCAGUUCCAGAAAGCAGCCCUAGAAAAAGAAGAGAGUGAGUGGGCAAAGGAACGAAAAAGGCAAUUGGAGCAAUCUGAGAGGAAACUGAGAAACCUCCCUCAGGAAAAAGAGAGACACAUUGGAGAAACAGAUUUGAAAGCCACUGCAGGAAAAGCAAGCGGUUCACCUGCAAAAGUAGAAGCAUCUACAAAAGAGCAACUUUGCUCACCACAAAAUCUUGUUGCAGACCGUAACUUGGCAAGAAAAAUGGAACAAGAACGCAGGAGGAGAGAAGCGCUCACGGGAAAGGAGGAAAGUGCAUUUAUUGAAGCACAGUUUGGCAGCAGGGAAGGAUAG